GGCGGCCGCUGCUGCUGGUGCUGCCGCCGCCGCCGCAGCUGCCUGGAUAUAGUGCGGCAAGGAGCGGAGCUUGCAGUCACUUUGCGAGGAGGAGCGCGCGGGCUGCGGGCGGCUGGGGCACCCCGGGAGCGGCGGCGGCUCUAGCUGAGGCGGCCGUGGCAGCGGAAGGUUCUUUCUCCAGGGCUGGACUUAAUAACUUUGGAACUGUCCUCCAGUGUCACGUCCUGAACAUGAGCCUCCUCCUCUCCUUCUACCUGCUCGGGUUGCUUGUCAGUAGCGGGCAAGCUCUUCUUCAAGUGACAAUUUCACUUAGCAAAGUAGAGCUUAGUGUGGGCGAAUCUAAAUUCUUCACAUGCACAGCAAUUGGUGAACCUGAGAGUAUAGAUUGGUAUAAUCCUCAAGGAGAGAAGAUAAUUUCAACACAGAGGAUAGCAGUGCAAAAGGAAGGUGUUAGAUCACGAUUAACCAUCUACAAUGCAAAUAUAGAGGAUGCAGGGAUAUAUCGUUGUCAAGCAACAGAUGCCAAAGGACAGACACAAGAAGCUACAGUUGUUUUGGAAAUUUACCAAAAACUCACUUUCAAAGAAGUGGUAUCACCUCAAGAAUUCAAACAAGGAGAGGAUGCGGAAGUGGUUUGUCGAGUUAGCAGCUCACCUGCCCCUGUUGUCAGCUGGUUGUAUCAUAAUGAGGAAGUCACCGCUAUUUCCGACAAUCGCUUUGCUAUGCUAGCCAACAAUAAUCUGCAGAUUCUCAACAUCAAUAAAAGUGAUGAAGGUAUAUACAGGUGUGAAGGAAGAGUGGAGGCUAGGGGAGAAAUUGACUUCCGUGAUAUCAUCGUUAUUGUUAAUGUGCCGCCAGUGAUCACAAUGCCUCAGAAAUCCUUUAAUGCCACAGCAGAGAGAGGAGAAGAGAUGACGUUAUCCUGCAGGGCCUCUGGCUCUCCAGAGCCCUCCAUCUCCUGGUACAGGAAUGGCAAGUUCAUUGAAGAAAAUGAGAAGUACAUAUUGAAAGGAAGCAAUACAGAACUCACUGUCAGGAACAUAAUUAAUAGUGAUGGGGGUCCUUAUAUCUGCAGGGCCACAAAUAAAGCAGGAGAAGAUGAAAAGCAGGCAUUUCUCCAGGUCUUUGUACAGCCUCACAUAAUACAGCUCAAAAAUGAGACUACGUAUGAGGAUGGUCAAGUCACACUUAUAUGUGAAGCAGAAGGGGAGCCUCUUCCAGAAAUCACUUGGAAAAGAGCACUAGAUGGCAUCACAUUUUCCAAAGGCGAUAAGAGCCCAGAUGGCCGUAUCGAAGUCAAAGGGCAUCACGGAAGCUCAUCACUGCAUAUUAAAGAUGUGAAGUUGUCAGAUUCAGGGAGAUAUGACUGUGAAGCUGCGAGUAGGAUUGGAGGGCACCAAAAGAGCAUGUACCUUGAUAUUGAAUAUGCUCCAAAGUUUAUAUCAAACCAAACAAUUUAUUAUUCUUGGGAAGGAAACCCGAUCAAUAUAAGCUGUGAUGUGAAAUCUAAUCCACCAGCAUCAGUCCAUUGGAGAAGAGAGAAAUUAGUCCUGCCAGCAAAAAACACCACUAAUUUAAAGACGUAUAGUGCAGGGAGAAAGAUGAUAUUAGAGAUAGCACCUACAUCUGACAAUGACUUUGGACGAUAUAAUUGCACAGCUACUAACCGUAUAGGAACAAGAUUUCAAGAAUAUAUUCUUGCUUUGGCUGAUGUGCCAUCCAGUCCCUAUGGAGUGAAGAUUAUAGAGCUGUCACAGACCACAGCCAAGGUUUCUUUCAACAAGCCGGACUCCCACGGAGGUGUGCCUAUUCAUCACUAUCAAGUGGAUGUCAAAGAAGUGGCAUCAGAAACCUGGAAAAUAGUACGCUCCCAUGGAGUUCAAACAAUGGUUGUUUUGAGCAACCUGGAACCAAAUACAACUUAUGAAAUCAGGGUUGCAGCGGUAAAUGGAAAAGGGCAAGGAGACUACAGUAAAAUAGAAAUCUUCCAGACAUUACCAGUCCGUGAACCAAGUCCUCCAUCCAUACACGGGCAGCCAAGCAGUGGGAAGAGCUUUAAACUCAGUAUCACCAAGCAGGAUGAUGGAGGGGCCCCUAUUUUGGAAUACAUUGUGAAGUAUAGAAGUAAAGAUAAAGAAGAUCAGUGGCUAGAGAAAAAAGUGCAGGGAAAUAAAGACCACAUUAUUUUGGAGCAUCUACAGUGGACAAUGGGGUAUGAAGUUCAAAUUACAGCUGCCAAUAGAUUGGGAUAUUCAGAACCAACAGUCUAUGAGUUCAGCAUGCCACCAAAGCCGAACAUUAUUAAAGGAACUAGAUAAAACAUGGCUGAAGAGAACCUGGAGGUGUAUGAACAAAAAUAAGGAUAAAGAGGGAUCUACAACCCAGAUAAUCCAAGGUCUUCUGAAAAUUACAUAAACAAUCUUAAAAGAGGUCCUAGAGGCAAUAAGAAAUCAUUUGAAGCAGGGACAUUAUAUGAAUAGAUAGGCAUUACAGACUGAUUAAUCUUGCUCAUAUGGGUAAAAGGAAGAGAUGGAUGAACAGGAACAUUUGAAAAAAAGUGAUAGCAGUAGAAAAAAAAAAAACCGUGAAUAAAUUCUGGACACAAUGUAGAUGUAGGUUAACCUUACAUGUGUAACAGAUUGAAUUAAGUAGAUAUUGAUGACUUUUGAGUUUCUUGCUUGAAUAGUUGGAACACUGUUGGCAUCAUCUCUCAGGAUGAAGAAUUUGAGGAGCAGAAUUUGCAGAAUAGGAUCAAACAUAAGAUCAGUUUGGUAAUCCUUAAGUUUGAAAUGUCAAGUAGUAGUUAUAUGUGUGCAUAUAAAGAUGAGAAGAUGUCAUAGAUUGGAAACAUACAUUAUGAUGUUAACAUUAACAGGUGAAUGGUAUCUGAAGGCUGGGUGAGGAUAAAAUUACACAAUGAGUAAUGCCCAAGCUCCAUGAAAAAGAGUCUGAAAUACUCAAAGAUGUCUCCCUGGUACCUAGAAGCGUGCCUGGCAUAGCAUAGAUGUUCAAGGAGUACUUUUUGGGUAACUGAGUAGAGUAUAAAGAACCGAGUCCCAAGGAAGAGAAAACCACAGCAACCCCCCACCCCCCAUGAGAUUAAGAUGUUGUAGAGUUCCUGGAAAAACAGAAGACUGUAGUAUCUUGGAAGUUAAGGGAGAGUCAUCUUUCAAGAAGAAAAGCUAUAAAUCGCAGUUGCCACUUCAGAUGCUGCCAAGAGGUCAACGGAACUCAAUCGAAAGAGAUGUGAAGUGUCCUUCAUACAUACAACUUUGCUGAAGUGGCUAUGAGAGAAAUUAGGUAGGAGUGGGCUGAGGAUUUUAUGUGAGGUUAGGAGGUUUAGACUCCAUGUUUAUUUAAUGCUUUUAAGAAGGUUUGCUAUGAAGGCGAGCAGAGAUUAAAAAAAAAAAAAAGAAUCAGUGUCAGAAGGACUUUAGGAUGAAAAAUGCUGGAGUGUGUUUCACAGCUGAUGAGGCAGAUCAUGCAGUCAAGGAGAAGUCAGAACAAGCUAUCUGAGAAGGUAGGAGAAAGAAUUCCUCCCCCUCUAAACUGUGCAGCUGAUGGCUUUCUUCAUGGAAAGCCACAUUAAUGACAUGCCUUUAUAGUUUAAGAAUCGUUCAGCUUAGCUCUAGAAGGUUUUGGGGGUUAAUUUUAAAGGCUGUAAAGGGUGAUGGUGAAUUUGGGAGCCUUUAUGUCCACAGUAUCCUACAGAGUUAAAAUUAUGUAUUGGUAAAAUAAGGAAAAUGAUCUGCAUAUGCUUUCAUCAAAAUUACCCUGGUAGCUGUAUGAUUUCUUUUUCCAUUUUAAAGUAAAUAUUAUAAAUUUAAACUCAUAUCUGAAAUAAGUUAUCAAUAAUAAACUAGCAGACCUUAAGUCUUUUUAUGCCAGUUUUAGAAGAUGUGAACUUUAGAAGUUGAUUUAGUUUUAAUUCAUUUUUGGUAGCAUGCGUUGUAAACUGUCUAAAUAAGUUUAUAGACUUUUGAAUCUAAAAAGUCAUUGCUUAUGUGCAUUCAAUAUAUUUAACUUUUUGUAAGCAACAGGCUAAAUAUAGAGUACAUGUAUUUGUUGGACUGAAGAACUAUUUCUUUUAACAAUAUGCUCACCUUACAUUCGUAUAUAAUAUGUUACAUUAACAAUAAUGGUUUUUCUACGUAUGUAUAUUAGUGGAUACCACACUUCUCCAUAGUUUAUUAUUCUAAUUUAAAAGGUACUUUGUGAUGAAUAAUAUUUUCUCAUUUCCACUUAUUAAACAUGUAUUUACUUUGAAAGAUGUGUUUCUUGAUUUACAUAGAACUAGAGUGCAAAAAUCACAAUCCUGUUCCCUUUUGGAAUAUUCAUACAGCAUAAUGCCAUCUCAUUUUAUUUAUAAACAGUGAGAAUAUUGAAUAGUUAUGAUGAAUUAAUUCUUAUAAAAUGAUUACAAAUCUAUGGAAUGAGAGUUUGAUAAAAUGACAUUUAUGGAUUCGUUCUGUAAUCUCUAUGGCUAAAAAUACUACUACUUUGGUGGAUUGA